AUGGUGUCGCUCUCGGCGCUGCGUAAAGGCAAAGGCAAGGUCGUUAGUCCCUCAUCAAACACCCCCACGACGUCAUCGAGCCGGCGGGAUCCGACCUGGCUGCCGCCCAUCAACGAGACGGCAAAGUCGCCCGCGCACACGGCGAGUCGGUGGCCGCAUGGUGCCGGAGCCCUCGACAGUGCUGGAGGCGAGGUGCUAGACCAUCCCGAUGCGAGCCACCUGCUCGUCGUCGGACCGAGGGAGGCGUUGUCGUGGAGCCGCCAGCCCCUUGCGGCACUGGCGGGCGUCACCUCCGCGCCCUCGGCGUUCCGCUCAGAGCCGGCCCCAACAAUCAUCUCGCAGCGGGGUGAUCGACCCGUCGCCGAGGUGCCGCUGCCGUAUCGCAUCGACGACGUUGCAAGCUCUCUCUGCGGUGCCGGCGUGAUCGAGGCCUUCGGCGUCGAGUUUGUCCGCAGCACGACGGUCAUCUCCAUCGACAAUGCGCCGUCGUCUGAACUCCUCGGCGUGCUGCGCCUCCGCGUGCGCGAUCUGCACAUGGACGAGAUGAGCCCCACCCACCUCGCCGAGAUACUCGCGCGCGCGCAGCCGCGGAUUCUCCGCAUGCUGGGCAUCCCUGGCCCGCACUUGGCGCUGUGCAACGUCGACAACCUCCAGCGGCGUCAGUUCCUCGCCGUGCGCGAGCAGCCCUUGCCAGCCGCGGAGCAGCGGCUUCUCCUCUCGGCGCUGGAACACAGUACAAGCGUGACCCAUGUCUGGGGCCGCACGCAUCCCCGGUGCGACAUGUGCGACGGGAAGACGCCGGCGCGUACCGCCCGCCUCCCCGAUGUCGAGUGCGCCGAGCACCUCGUCCUGGACGGGUGGGACGUCGGCUGGGACGAGGCGACGCGCACCGGCAACAGGUAUCAGUGGUUCGUGACGAUGCGCUGUGUCGCCAUACUGCAGAGAAACAAGCGGCUACAUGCUAUGGUGGCUGCCGCUGCCUUCCGCGUCCUCGUCUUUGCAAGACUGGCCCUCGGACGGACCGCGGUGGAAGGUGGGCCGGCUAAGCCGCGGGGCAUCCGGCGGUGGUCGCUGGGUUCCAAGAGCAAGCGUGAGGCACGGCCGCCGAACGUGACUCUCCGAGGGAGGGUGGUGCCGCUGCCACGCUCUGUCUUGCUCCGGAUUGCAGAGCACCUCGGCGACGUCCUCACCGCGGCACAGGUGCACAAGCUGGUAGAGCACGCCGCAGACCGGGGCGCCAGCCGCGCAGUCUGGCGCUCUCUCCGCGGCCAUACCGGGCGUGCGCAACUCGACCUCCGCGACGAGUGGCUGUACAAUGGCGGGCUGGUCUGGGAGCUAGGGUAUGCCGCUGCGCGGGCUCGGUUAAGCGACGCCCAGUGGCCGCGCGAUACGCGCCCCGAGGCCUGGAUGCGCGCGCUCGCGUUCGCCCCGGCGCCAGAGGGCUGCCCGGAUGAAUGGCGCUACAUAGCCCAGGCUCUGAGCUAA